UAGGGCUCCGUUCAUUGCAUCACAAAGCAACACAAACAAAAUCGCUCUUAUAGCUUGGCUCCACAAGAGCUAGCUAGGGAGUACGUAGUACUAGCAAGUAACGUACGGCCUCGCACGCACGACCAUGGCUUCCACGUCGAGCUUCGUGACCGUGGUGCUCGUCAUGGCGAUCAUGCUCCUGAACGGCGGUGGCUGCAGGUGCCGUGCAGCGCGCCUCCUCGCCGACAUCCCGGCUCUGCCCGAACCCACGCUGCCAACCUUGCCUACGGUGCCGGGUAUCCCCGCGGUGCCAGGCGCCGUCGUGCCGACGGUGCCCACUCUGCCCACGGUGCCAGGCACGGUCGUGCCCACAGUGCCCACCGUGCCAGUGGUGCCGACGCUGCCGGGCACGGUCGUGCCGACGGUGCCUACCGUACCAGCUCUCCCCACCGUGCCUACAGUGCCGCUGCCGGCGCCCGGCGCCGUUGUGCCGACAGUGCCGGGUGUCCCGACGGUGCCACUGCCGUCAGUACCCGGCGCCGUUGUGCCGACUGUCCCCACUGUGCCAACGGUGCCCCUGCCUUCCGUGCCUUGCGCCGCAACUCCCACAUUGCCCACCGUUCCUGGAGUGUCGACAUUGCCUCUGCCGACCGUCCCCGGGGUGCCUAACCUGCCGAUGCCGUCCAUCCCCGACGUGCCCAAGCUGCCGGUGGCACUCCCGCCGAUGCCGUCCCUACCAAACCUUCCCAACGUGCCACUGCCCGCAGUGCCGACCAUCCCUGGCGUGCCUAAGGUGCCGAUGCCGUCUAUUCCCGGUGUGACCGUGCCGUCGUCCGGGCACUAGGUGUGGCCAUGCCAGUGCAUGCAACGAUCGAUAUGCACGGAUGGUCGCUGUUCCCUUGCCCAGUUUAGAGCGUAAUGUCGUAAUUAACGGUGUUUAACGAUAUGGUUACUUUAGCUUGACAACAUUAAUUUGUAUGAGCAUGCUGUACUUAUGUGUGUGUGGUACGUCUCUUUUCGGUUGAUGGGGGUGUGGUGUGCGUGUGGUGUACUUGUAUACUUUACAUCUAUGUGGUGUGACAGUGAAUCAUUCUUCAUGUAAGGGGUAUUUGCGUCAGAUGUACGUGUGACACUAUAUAUGAAUAUAUUUUCAUUGGAUCGAUAUA